GUGCCGCUAAUUUUUAUUACAGUACUUAAGGGAAUAACCCUGACCUCGAACUCAACGACUAGUACUUGUAGACUGAUUUUUUUUUUAGUCCUUUCAUAGGACCCAUCAGUUUAGAAAACUGUCCUACUUUAUUAGCCAUAAUGUACAUAUUUGAAUAACUUUUUUUUUACUGUGUAAGCUUUAAUCACAAUAAGUUUAACAAAAUUCAGCAGAGCGCUCCAGAGGCAAAAUGAUACUGGAAUGUUCCAACAGUUUAACAUCCGCUCGUCCUCCCCCAUUUUACCAAGGCCGGUAAAGGGACUCGUCCAACUCAUUACCAGAGCCCAGGGCUUUUCUUACAGGCCUGUUUUCCUCAAAAUGAGUGUCAGUAUCACCUUCUUAAGACCUUUUGCCAGAGUUUUGGUGCCAUUUACCCUUCAUAGGAAGAGAAGGGUUUUAUAUUCAACAACUCUGCAGAGAUACACGUCUUCCAAAAUACCAGCUGUGUCCUAUCCUAAUAAGGAGAGUACAUCACCUCCUGAAGAGCUGGAGUUGGAUAGGUGGAAAAUUACAAUGAAAUCUAGUGUGCAAGAAGAGGGUGUUUCAACAGUCUCAAGUAGCAAGGAUGAAGAUCCUCUGGCUGCCACCAGGGAAUUAAUUGAGAUGUGGAGAUUGCUUCGCAGAGAAGUACCAGAACACAUCAGUGAAGAAGAGCUCAAAACCGUUAUGGAAUGUGUUUCUAAAUCAUCAAAAAGAAAAUAUUUAAAAUAUUUAUAUAUUAAGGAAAAAAUGAAAAAAGCCAAGCAAAUAAAAAAGGAAAUGAAAAUAGCAGCAAAAGAACAAGUUAAAAAAGAUCAGCUACCAGAAACCACUAAGGAAGAUAAACAGCAAAAUUUUCUGUUUCUGCGACUUUGGGAUAGGAAUAUGGACAUUGCAAUGGGCUGGAAGGGUGCCCAGGCCAUGCAGUUUGGACAACCUUUGGUUUUUGACAUGGCUUAUGACGACUAUAUGAAACCAAAAGAACUGCAGAAUGCUGUUUCCCAACUUUUAGAAAGUGAAGGAUGGAACAGAAGAAAUGUUGAUCCUUUCCAUAUUUAUUUCUGCAGUCUUAAAACAGGUGGUGCCUACUAUAGAGAGUUAGUUAAACGUUAUGGAGAAAAGUGGAACAAAUUGCUUUUAACAGCAACAGAAAAGUCUCAUGUAGAUUUAUUUCCAAAGGACAGUAUUAUAUAUUUAACUUCAGAUUCUCCCAAUGUUAUGACUACUUUCAAGCAUGACAAAAUUUAUGUAGUGGGAUCUUUUGUUGAUAAGAAUAUGCAGCCAGGCACAUCCCUAGCCAAAGCAAAACGGCUGAAGCUGGCAACAGAAUGCCUUCCAUUAGAUAAAUAUUUGCAGUGGGACACUGGCACCAAAAAUCUCACCUUAGAUCAAAUGAUACGUAUUUUGUUAUGUCUGAAAAACACUGGUAGUUGGGAAGAGGCUCUGAAGUUUGUUCCUAGGAGAAAACAUACUGGUUAUCUGGAGAUUUCUCAGCAUUCUCAAGAGUUUUUCAACAGAAUGAAGUCCAAGACUUUUAAUUCAUUUCCAAGAGGCUCUGUAGAUAGGCAUAGAAAAGAUAGCUUGAAUGAGAAUAUUUGAUAGCUUAAAAAGUAAAUGGAUUAGGAUUACAGUUCUUUUUUUUUUUUCCCCGAAAUCAGCUAAAAUUUUUAGGAAGCCUCUACUGAAGUAGCACAGGUAAUACUCACACUCCUGUUUCUUUCUUUUUUUUUUGAAUUUUAUUUUAUAUUUUAUACAGCAGGUUCUUAUUAGUUAUCCAUUUUAUACAUAUUAGUGUAUAAAUGUCAAUCCCAAUCUCCCAAUUCAUCCCACCACCACCACUUAGGAAUACAGUUCUGUUAGUCUGUUUCAUCCUGAAUGGAAUUCACUUGCUCUUUCUUUUAAAGGUUGUCUUUCCAAACUAACUGAAGUAUUAU